AUGGGGCUCGAGAACUCUACGUCAAGUAUACCCCCAUCAUGGAAACAGUCUAUUGGACUUGUCCGGUCUAAAGAGAUAGUGGUUGCCAGUUUGAAAGACGACGAUACAUCGUGGGUUGCAGAAUACCUGUCAGAUUGGAAUGCCAACAUCUAUGUCGUGGAUGAUCCCAGAUCAGAAUUGACCGUCCCGAUGAAUAAAGCCAGGGAAUCGAUGGUGUAUCUGACGUAUAUUAUUGAUCGCUUUGAAAAACUCCCGGAUGUCAUGAUCUUUAUGCAUAGUAACAGAUAUCAGUGGCAUAACGAUGAUCCAAUUUACGACGCUGUUCCAAUCAUCCAAUCCCUCCGCCUCCCACAUGUAUACAAAGUUGGCUAUGCACCUCUCCGCUGCACGUGGAUCCCCGGCUGCCCGGCGGAACUGCACCCUUUAAAUCCCACGGACACGGGCCCGGAAGGUCGUCAACGUUCAGAAGUCGAAUACGCAGCUGUGUUUGAGAAGAUGCUUCCAAACACGCCCGUUCCGCCAGUUGUGGGCGCGCCAUGUUCGGCGCAAUUUGCUGUAACAAGAAAUCAAGUCAUGAAACGGUCGAAGGAGAGCUACGAGUUGAUAAGGCGUUGGGUGAUGGAGACGGAUCUUCCUGACGCGGUUUGUGGGCGCGUUAUGGAGUAUAUGUGGCAUAUCAUCAUGCAAAUGCCGCCGGUCUACUGCCCACCAGCAGCGGAAUGCUAUUGUAUGACGUUUGGGCUGUGCAACUUGACAUGCAGCUCUGUUGCCAAGUGCGAGAACAGAUAUAUUCUCCCUACGCAUUCACGCAUCCCUGAGGGCUGGCCGGAAGAAGGCGGAGGGGAAAAUGGCUGGCCCGCUCCUGGCUGGAAUGAGUUGUGA